UUCCCAUUCAUGCUCGCCUUCCGCUCUCUGACACGCACGACUUCUGCGGCCUAUGUAGUCCGCAGCUCCUCUGCCGUCUUCAAUAAAUUCUUCCAUUCUUCCCCCGUUCGAUACGCCAUUGAUAUGGACAAGGUCAACACCACCGAGCGGCUCGCGGAGCUCCGCAAGCUGAUGAAGGAACGCUCCAUCGAUGUGUAUAUGAUCCCUUCUGAAGACAGCCAUCAGAGCGAGUACAUUGCGCCCUGUGACGCCCGUAGAGCAUACAUAAGUGGCUUUACCGGUUCGGCAGGCUACGCUGUUGUCACCCAUCAGAAGGCCGCCCUAUCCACCGACGGUCGUUACUUCAACCAGGCUUCGAAACAGUUGGAUUCCAAUUGGGAAUUGCUCAAGCAGGGCCUGCAGGAUGUCCCCACAAUUCAGGAUUGGACUGCGGACCAGGUCGAGGGAGGUAAAGUCGUGGGUGUGGACCCAAGCGUAGUCACCGCAGCCGAUGCACGCAGGCUCGCCGACAAAAUCAAGAAGAAAGGUGGCGAGUACAAGGCCGUCGACCAGAAUCUGAUUGAUCUGGUGUGGGGAAGCGAGAGACCGCCUCGACCGAACGAAAAUGUCAUUGUCCAGCCUCUCAAAUUCUCUGGCAAGAGCUUCGCAGACAAAAUCGAGGACAUCAGGAAAGAGCUGGAGAAGAAGAAAAGCUUGGGCUUUGUCGUAUCCAUGCUUGAUGAAGUUGCUUGGUUGUACAACCUCCGCGGCAAUGAUAUCCCCUAUAACCCCGUCUUCUUCUCGUACGCUGUAGUCACUCCUACCACAGCCACUCUCUACGUGGACGAUAGCAAGCUUCCAUCCGAUGUCAAAGAGCAUCUCGGAGACAAAGUGACUAUCCGGCCCUAUGACGCCAUCUUCGAAGAUGUGACAGCUCUGAGCGCGGAAUUGUUCAAAACGAACGAGGAAUCGACCGAGAAAAAGAAGUUCCUGACAUCUACUAGGGCAUCUUGGGCCCUGAAUAAGGCUCUCGGCGGUGAAGACCGUGUAGAGGAGGUUCGUAGCCCAAUCGGGGACGCAAAGGCGGUCAAGAAUGAGGUGGAGCUAGAGGGUAUGCGACAGUGCCACAUUCGUGACGGCGCAGCCCUCACUGAAUACUUUGCCUGGUUGGAAGAUCAAUUGAUCAACAAAGGAGCAACGCUUGAUGAGGUUGAUGGUGCUGACAAGCUCGAAUCUAUCCGUAGCAAACAGGAUUUGUUCAAGGGGCUGUCUUUCGACACCAUCUCUUCCACUGGUGCCAAUGCCGCAAUCAUCCAUUAUAAGCCAGAAAAGGGUGCUUGCUCCAUCAUCGACCCCAAGGCAAUCUACCUGUGCGACUCUGGUGGUCAGUAUCAGGACGGCACAACAGAUACCACACGAACACUUCAUUUCGGCGAACCUUCUGAGAUUGAGAAGACUGCCUACACACUCGUACUGAAAGGCAACAUCGCGCUGGAGCGCUCAAAGUUUCCCAAAGGCACAACUGGUUUCGCUCUAGAUGUGCUGGCUCGUCAGUUCUUAUGGGCCGAGGGACUUGACUACCGACACGGCACUGGACACGGUGUGGGAUCUUUUCUGAACGUGCAUGAGGGUCCGAUUGGUAUUGGUACUCGUGUGCAAUUCUCCGAAGUUCCCCUCGCGGUCGGUAAUGUAGUCUCGGAUGAGCCUGGCUACUAUGAAGAUGGCAAGUUCGGUAUACGAAUUGAAAACAUGGUCAUGGUCAAGGAGGUGGAGACGAAACACCAGUUCGGCGAUAAGCCUUACUUGGGCUUUGAGCAUGUUACAUUGACACCUCAUUGCAGAAAGCUGGUCGACUUCAGUUUGCUGACCGAGGACGAGAAAUUUUUUAUCAAUGCGUACCACAAGGAGGUAUUCGACAAGACAAGCAAGUUCUUCGAAAAGGACGAGUUGACUUUGACAUGGUUGAAGCGGGAGACCGCGCCCUAUUGA